ACAUACAUACUGCAGUUGCCUGGUGCUAAACGUGUUCGAUUCAACAAAAUGUUUGUCCUCGCCGAAAUGAAAGAUACUGUGAGGGUAAAACCGUGGCAUUUUGGAGUCGAUCUACGUGAGGCUAUCGCUACUAAGUUGAACAAAAAGCUUGCAAACAAGGUAGUCCAUAAUGUUGGUUUGUGCAUUGUACUACAUGACAUUACAUAUAUUGGUGACUCCUAUCUCUUUCCUGGCGAUGGAUCGUCACAUACUCCAGUUAAAUUUCGUUUUGUCGUGUUCCGUCCAUUCAUUGAUGAAGUGCUCACAGGAAGGAUCCGAAGUUGUAACCAUGAAGGAGUUCAAGUGUCAAUGGAAUUCUUUGACGAUAUUACCAUCCCAUAUGAGUACCUUCAGCAGCCCUCAAAGUUUGAUGAGGAUGAACAGCUGUGGGUGUGGGAAUAUACAACAGAUGAUGGGGGACAUGACUUGUUCAUGGACAUCAAUGAAGAGAUCAGAUUUAGGGUGGUUGAUGAAAUGUUCACUGAUUUAAGUCCUGCAGGGCCUGAAAUGUCAGGUGAAAAAAAAGAAGAGAUAGAAAACAAGAGAUCUCCAUAUACAAUCACAGGAUCCAUAAGUGAGCCUGGGCUAGGCCUGAAGACAUGGUGGUCAAGUUGACAGAGAAAUAUUGCUACAAUUAACUGUAAAAUUUUAUUUAUUUUACAAACAAUGAUGACUUGUUUGUGAUCAAGUAAAAUUCAGAAAGUCAGCAAAGAUGUAAACCAAUGCAGGAUUUCAAUAAAAUUUUCACAACAUUUUAAA